CAAUCUUCAUAACUUCUAAAUCAAGAUAUGCUGACUUAAAUAUAACAAACUUUUGAAUUCCAAGUUUCAAUCUUCACUAUAAAGCAUUAAUCAAAGUAUAGUAUAAGGCAUUCUAGUCAAUGCUUCUAGUUUUCAAGCUAUGUUUCAUUCUUUUUCUUGGCUUAUUUUUUCUUCCAAUUUUGGUUCCUGCUAUGAUUUUCAUAUCAGUGUCUUUAAUCUUACUAUUUCCAGCUUGGUCUGUGUACAUGUUUGGUUUACUACUGCCAGAAAUUAUGUAUAAAUGUCCCAAAAAGAUAAUUGAGUUAUCAACUGAAGGAAAUCAUGGUCAGGAGAGGCAAGUUAGUUUCCAGUUGGACCCUUAUGAGUUUCCUAAUUUUGAUCUUAGUGAAUCAGAAGAAGAUGAAAUAAAAAUGGAUGAAGUUUGCAUUGAUCAAGAAGCAAAUCCAACACCAGUUCCUGAGAUUCGUGGACAAAAAUCGUUUGAUGAAUUGAUGUCAUUUUGGAGAAGGCAAGCGGAAGAAAAGCAGUACAAAUAUGUCUGAGACCACUCUAGUUUCUUUUUCUUAUUACUGUCUAAGUUUACUCUGUUAAGUGUCUAAAAUCUUUAAACUGUAAAAAAGUUUGCAGUAAUAAUAAAACCAUGUUAUUUGUUCC